AUGGCCUACUUCUUGGCCAGUGAAGAAGGCCUCGGUUGGUUAGACAUUGUUCUUAUUCAAGAUGUAGACGAUAACGCCGAACAAGCCAUAUUAAGAAAUUUGACUCUGCUAUUCACGCUCAUGCCUAAAAAGACAAUAGUCUACUUGCAGAGGUCCGGCUGUUCGCCACUGCAAAAGGCUGUGCUACCACUUGCUAGGCAAAGGUCCACCGCGCGUUCCCACAAGUUGGCCUUUCUGCCCAUCGGCGAUUUUGUCGCCAUCUUCUUCAAGGAGGGCCUAAUGACCCUGACUUCGUCCAAGAAAUUCUUGACCAUAAAGGUCGGUAUUGAGGAGGGAGAUUCCUCGGGCAUGGGCACCAUGGGCUCCCAUUGCGUACCAGUUUUCUGCAGCGGCUGUCUUUGCGGCAUCAUGUUCUCCGCUAUGCCAAACUACCAGUUCUCUGCUGGGCCUACUCACCAGUCUUUCUGUCGCUUGACCCUUGCCCAUCAAAAUGCAAAGGCCUAG